AUCCUGCUGUCACCGGUGCCUGCUCCGGCAGCGAUGCUCUGCAUCUGUCUCCCGGUGAGGCGGCCUCAGGUACGGCACUGAGUGUAGGGUUCGGGAGACUGCGGAGCAGGUCUCGCACGUGCGUGGCGGUUCCUCUCGCCUCCCGGUAUUAAAAAGACGAAUAAGAUUACAUUUGUCUGAAUUGUAAACGCAAGUGACUGUGUAUGAAAAGCCAAGAAGCCGGACGUACCGUCCAGGUUCCUGUUCUGCCUCAACAACUUGUCACGAAAUGGGAGGCUCUGAGUGGUGAGCCUGGGCUCUCGGUGACCCGCAGUGUGCCGAGCCCGGCGGCUCCGGGUCAGUGCCUCAGUCCCGGGCAGGGCUAACACGGCAGUUCUCGGAGCCCUGCUAGACCCACAGUGGUGGGGAGAAUGAUGAUGACUCUGAUCAGAACUGGAAACCACCAGAAAAUAACCUGAUCCAGAAGUUAAUAGCACAGAUUGAAUAUUACUUCUCAGAUGAGAACCUUGAGAAAGAUGCCUUCCUUCUAAAGCACGUCAGAAGAAACAAGAUGGGCUAUGUCAGUGUUAAACUCCUCACUUCUUUUAAAAAAGUGAAACACCUUACCCAUGACUGGAGAACCACAGCCUACGCACUGAAGUACUCAGACUCUCUUGAGCUCAAUGAUGAUAACAAAAAGGUUAGAAGAAAUACUCCAGUUCCAGUGUUUCCAAGUGAAAACCUCCCUACCAGGAUGUUACUGGUGUAUGACAUCCACAUGAUUUCUGAACUGCAGGCUCUUAAACAAGAAAAUGGAUGCAUGCAAGAAAGGAUAAUGGAGUAUCUCCUCAAGGCCUUUGUAACUUUUGGUGUAAUUUCAUCAGUUCGUAUUCUCAAGCCGGGUAAGGACCUACCACCUGAUAUCAGGAGGGUCAGCAGUCGGUACACCCAACUCGGAACUCAGGAGUGUGCAAUUAUAGAAUUUGAAGAAGUAGACGCUGCUGUACGUGCUCAUGACUUUAUGUGUGCUGGAAAGAAAGAGACUGGCAUGAAAGUUGUCCUAAUAGGCAUGAAACCUCCAAAGAAAAAAGUUCCCAAAGACAAGAACCACGGUGAAGGUACCAGCAAGAGUCUCAAGAAGGUUAGGUCCCUUAAUAAGAGAGUUGAGGAACUUCAGAUAGUUGGUGAUGAAUCUUCAGCAAACAGCUCUUCUGACCCAGACAGUAAUCCUACAUCACCACUGUCAGGACGCAAAAGUACUGCAACAAAUAUUACACAUAAUUUGAGCCCGGUCAUUCACGCAAAUGACCAUUUGAGUCCUAAUGUGUCACCCAGAACAAGUCCUUGGAACAGUCCAUCUUCAUUAAGAAAAAUAACCAAAAAGUCUCCCCUGGCUGAAGACUGCAAACUUAACCCAAGCACUAGCCCUGAAAUUCCAAGGAAGUGUACAGAUUAUUCCUCAGAUAGCAGUAUCACUCCUUCUGGUAGCCCCUGGGUACAGAGAAGAAAAGCUCAAACUCUUUCACAAGAGAAGAGUCCCAUCACUAGCCCCAUAUUGGUUCAGAAAAUACAAAAAGCAGAUGGUCUACCGGUAGGGGUGCUGCGACUGCCUAAAGGCCCUGAUGGCACUAAAGGAUUCCACAGUGGAUAUGAAAGAAGGAAGGCUACGAAGGACGCGUAAAUUAUUCUUUAAAAACAAUCUUACAAGUGAGGCAACUGGUUUUGUUCAAGCCUGGUUAAGAAUUGUCAUUUGAAUGACUGAGUUAAGUCAGUAUUUAACUGUAAAAGAUUUUGUAUUCAUAUACAGACUUAAUCAUUUGUAUAUUUGUAUAUUCACUUCACAGAAUCGCAGAACAGUUGAGGUUGGAAGGCAUCUCCGGAGAUGAAAUCCAGUCCACCUCCUUUGCUCAAGCAGGGUCCACAACAGGUCACUUAGGAUUUUGAGUAUCUGCAAGGAUAGGAACUCCCCAACCUGUUUGUGCAGUGUGUGCCUAUGUUCAACCAUCCACACAGUAAAAAAGUGUUCUGUUCAGGUGGAAUUUGCUGUGUUUCAAUUUGUGCCCUUUUCCUGUUACUGGCUAUUGCUGAGUAAAGCCUAGCUCCAUCUUCUUCACUCCUUCCCAUCAGAUAUUAGAAACAUUGAGAUCUGCCCCCUGGGCCUUCUCCAGCUUUCCAGGUCUCACAGGAGAGACACUAGUGUCAAUCAUCUUGUGCACUUAAUGCAGUGCCAGUACCUGCAUUACUGUUUUUAAUGUAUUAAAUUCCAAAAUAUAGAAACAGGCUUAUAAAUCAUUAAUGUAACUACAUUGUUUGCAAAGCUAUAAUCCUGACGAGCAGUGUGUAAAUACAGUUGAGUGGUUGUAUUAUGAUAAGGUGUGGUAUGUUACCUGUCUAAUCGUAAGAAGUCUUGAAGACUUUGUCUUGGAAAGAACUCUGAGAAACUUACAAUGCAGUAAGCAGUUGCUCCCUGCUUGCUUACAUCUCCAAAGACAGCACUGUUUAGUAGAACCAAAGUGUGUAUUUUCAUGCAAUGUGAACAGGGACUCUGAGCACUAGAGACUAUUCUCUAAGCGUUCUCUCACAUAAUCAGAUUGAAAUAAAUAAAAAUAUUAACUGGUCUAGAUCUGAUUUUUUUCUUUAAAAGUUGAGCUGAACCUGAACGGAUACUUAAACCUCAUCUUACACCAUGUGAAAUUCUAGAAAUAGUUACCUGAAAUUCCCACCGUGUUCAGUGAGUUGGGGAAGAAGAAGUGCUCUGCCAUUACUGAUGGUUACUCCAGUGGUGAUGUUUCACUCCAACUGUAUGUCACAGCCCUUUUUAUAUAAUAAACUAAACAAUGGUUAUGUCACUAUUAGCUGAAUUUAACAAGCAGGCUCAGCAAGAAGUACUUAAAUGAAAAUUUAAGCCAAAGAAGGAAUC